GCAGGAAGUGAAGCCAGUCACUGUCCCGACAGCAAUGCGCCGCUGCUGCUAUAACAACAGGACCUACAGCCGACAUUUGCGGGCGGUUGAGCCGCGGAGAGCCGCUUAUGGAUGUGUUUGAGGGGUUCGUCUCUGUGUGGUGAAGCCCUGGAAGUCCGUUUGGAGUCGGUGGAAAUGACUCUGAGGUGACUCAGCAGUGGCUUGGACAUCGAUGAUCUAAUAGAAGAUGAGGCGUGCUCUGUUUGUCAGGCUCGUCAUUGCUUGUUGCCAUAGCUACAUGAACCACACUAACAUGGAUAAUCAGCAUUAGACAAUCAUGCUUUUUGCAAACCAUUCUCACUAAAAUAACUAUCUGUCUAAAUUCUGUUUUAAUUUGUUUUGAAUGGGUUUCAGCUAAUUUUCUGUGAUAAACAUGUCCCUGGCUGAGCAGUCUCAGAAGUGGUUUCCAACCCAUGUCCAAGCCACUGUUCUUCAAGCAGCUGCUUUACAGCCCAAAGGCAAAAAUGGCACCAAUGAUGCCUACACCAUCAUCCAGCUGGGUAAAGAGAAGUACUCCACGUCUGUGGCAGAGAAGACAGUUAACCCCGUCUGGAGAGAGGAGGCCUCCUUCGAGUUGCCUGGUCUGCUUUUGGAGGGGAAUCCCGAAGUGUAUGUCCUGUGUUUCACAGUGAUGCAUCGGUCCCUAGUUGGGAUGGACAAGUUCCUGGGCCAGAAGACCAUUAACCUCAAUGAAAUAUUUGAUAACAAGCAAAGGAAGAAAACUGACUGGUAUUCCUUGGAGUCCAAGCCAGGGGGGAAGAAGAAGAAGGAACGGGGUCGAAUCGAAGUCAGCAUUCAGUUCAUGAGGAACAACAUGACGGCCAGCAUGUUCGACCUCUCCAUGAAGGAGAAGCCCCGCUCGCCUUUUUCCAAACUUAAAAGCAAAGUGAAAGGUCGCAAAAACGACAGCGGCUACAGCGACACGUCUUCGGCCAUCUUGCCUCGCUCUGCCGUGUGCGACUCUGAACCCAGCAACCAGUCGAUUGCCCCAGAACCAGAAAUCAAGUCAGAAAAAAAGGUGAAGAGACCACUGCUGUCUGGGGCCCAAAAGCUCUCUGCAGCUCAUUCCAUGUCUGAUCUCAUCGGGGCCCACGUUCGACCCAAACUGGACUCGAUGAACUCCAUAGAAGAGACUGGAAGUACAGGUGGCCCUCACAGGCGUUCCCAGAGCGAGGUGCCAGGAUACCAGGACGGAGAAGCACACAGUGACCCUUUCCCUGAUAUCAGUGACACCCUGCCACAGAAGUAUGCCACGCUCCCACGCAACCACAACCCAUUUGAGGGUGAGAGGGGGCAACAGCCGUGGGACCGGGCGGAGCGGAGGGAGAAAAAGGAGAAGGUCAGCCUACUGGAACGUGUGACGGGAAAGAAGGAAGGCCGCAAGGCCAACAAUGGGGGGCGUUCGGGGAGUUCUGGAGACCUGCGUUCUCCCAACCCCUUUAAUGCUGACUCUCAAGCAGACACUAACCCAUUCAGCUUCAACUACAAAACCAGAAAGCAGACCGGAAAUGAGGACGGCAUCUUCGGCCAGAAGAAGAAGAAGGACUUUUUUGGCAAGAAAAACGAGGCGCCCCAGGAGAGCGUGGCUAACUACAGUAACCUGACCUUUGAGGAGGUUGUUCAGGAACUCAUCAAGCAGAAAGAAGUGGUGAAAAAGAAAGACGCCCACAUCCGGGAGCUGGAAGACUACAUCGAUAACCUGCUCGUACGCGUCAUGGAGGAGACGCCGAGCAUUUUACGGACACCCUACGAGCCAAAAAAGAAGAAGGCGGGUAAACUUUCUAAAAAGUAGAGUUAAAAACAAACAUUGGAUGAAAAGUUGCCAAUAAAGGUUCAGCAGGGGUCGUGCAUCGAUGUCGGUGGUUAGAGUAGCGGGAACAAAUAGGACUGAUCAAAUCAAAGCAGCUGUAUUCAGUUUAUUUUAGCUUUCAGCUUUAAUUUGGAGGUCAGGUGAUUUCUGGUUUAAUAUCUGUUACUGUACAUUUUAAGGUACUAAAAGAUGAACGAUUCCCCAGUUUUCUUCAAGUCAGACAUCAGAUUCAGUAGGUUUUUCGUCAGGAUUAUUUUAAGAUAUAUUGUUGGUACUAAAACGCUAAAAGGUUUUUAUUGCACAUCCUGUUGCUAUGAUUGGCUGUAAAACUUUCAACAAAUGCUUCCAAACUUGUGUUUACCACAUCCUCUACCUGCCGUUACGUUUGGAAGAUGAAGAGUGCAAUGAGAUGAAGCUGUCGUUGCUGUGUUUACAAUCGAUUUCAUAUUUUAACUCGUCGUCCAAAUUACAGAAGACGUUUUACACUUCAAGCCUCUACAGUGCCACACAGCUACGCUGAAGAAAUCUUCCCGUAUGCUCUUUCUUUAGCUCGUGCAUUUUUCCAAGAACAGAUGCACCUUUUUAACGUUAUUUCUUUUUUGAGUUGUGUUGACGAUCAUUUAUUUCUUUUGGACCCAGAGUCUUGAACUCGUUAACGGGAGGUUUAAACUUUACUUACUGUAAGUGCAAUAUAAUCACUACUGAAACAUGUUGCUUUAUAAUCAGCUGGUAUUUCUCUUGUUUACAUUUGAAUCGUGUGUUUGAGUUGAACUCACCUCUUCCUGUUGAUUUGAUGGGUAGUAAAGCUCAGAGAUGUUUGUUACGGCCGCUGCUGAUCAACCAGCCUUCCUCUCCUUCAAACAAAGUUCUGCUGAUGAUUGUAUAAACGGUACACAUGUGGAUCUAUGCUGCACAUAUCUUUAUUUAUUAGUGUUUUAUAACUCAUAUGAAUGUUACUUCAAUCAAUAACACUUUAUAUGUCCCUGAGGGGCAGUUUAAAGGCACAGUGAAGCAGCAGACACUACUGACCUGCUCUGCUAAUGCUGCUCUGUCGGUACAAAGCAAAUAACAUAUUUCCAUGGUGUUAAACGUGACGUUUUCUGUUAAAUCUUCGUGAAAGAAAAGACAGAGUUGCUUGUGUUUGUGUAUGAUAACUACAGCGGAUGAGCUGCUUAUUUUAUCUGCUGAUUCUGAAAGUCGGCCUACAUGUAACAAAAUUAACUCUGGGUUUUUUUCUGAUAGUUUCUAACAUGGAGAGACAGAAAAUCAUCCAAACAUCGCGUGAAAGUUAAAAACUGAUUGCUUUGUCGCUGAGAUAAAGACCUGGGACUUGGUGGAGAAACUUUUAUUGCAAAGAGCAGCCGAAGGAUGUUUCUUGUAUCUUCUCAUCAGCUUUGCACACAUUUCAGGAGGGCUUUUGGCCCAGUGCUCUGUACAGAAUAUCUCUGAAUACCUCUCUUGGUUGCAGCUAGGCUACUAAAAGGUCCAGUUAUCUCCAUGGAUCAACCUGAUGCCAAAGAGCUCGUUUUUGGUCUCAUCAGACCACAGAACCUUCUCCCAAACCUUCUCUGAACCACUCAGAUGUUUGCUGUAAUAAUUAGAACAGCCCUGCCUUCUAUAGCAGGGAGGUUCAUUUAACGUAUUAUUCUAUCAUUGGUGUUAUUGGUGACUGUGGUCCCAACUGCCUGGAAAUCAUUGACAAGCUCCUUCCAUGUGGAUGUGAGCUGAUUUCUCAUGAUCAUCCUUUCCCCAUGAGGCAAGAUCUCCUCUGGAGAUCCGGACUGAGGCUGACUGAUGGUCGUUCUUCAGGGGAACGCACAUCAGGAGUGCUGCAGUGCAUCUCAUCAGAUGACAAGCUUCAGUCGAUGCCUUUUUACACACACAGGACAUCAUAGUGAGCUCCAGGUUUGGAUAGUUGAAUCAGAUGCAUUGAUGCUUCCAAACAGAGCAGGUUGAAAAGGAUCGCUGGGAUCUUGGAGCGCUGGCCUCCGACCAGUUGCAAAGGAUCUGGGUUGUUUGAUAGAAAGUAAUGUACUUUUUUAUGCAAUCUGAGUCUCCAGAUGUGCGUCCUCCUUAUUGUCUCUAAAUAAUUGCAUCAACACGGCCUUGUAGCUCAUUACCGUCUUAUGCAGGAUCAAUAUUUUGUUGUCUGUUGACAGUUCUUUGGUGUUCAUGCUUUGCGAAGGCAACAUGUAUGGAUCAGUUGAAUCUGUAAUUGAUUGACUGGGCUGUGCACCACAUGGGGUCAUAACCAUAAUCUGUGGGAGCCAGAACUCUGGAUGGGUUGUUUAUCUCACUGACAUGUAAAUCAAUUUUUAAUAUUUAUGUCAUUUAUGUCAAAAUGAAUCAAUAAAUUCUCUCACAUGGAAAUAAGGUCACGACUAAAGGAAAGAGUUGUUUGUUUGUUUCCUUGAAACUGAGCAAACUUACAAAAUAGGAAUAAAAUAAUUGAUUCUGAAACUGAAAAUGUAAAUUAGGAGUAUCUCUUUGAAGGUUUUGCUGCUUCAGACCUGAAGGUUCCAGCAGGAAAAGAUUGUUGCAGUUGUAUCUGGUCCUAAUGGGUUAAUGUAAAGCCUUUACUGUGCCUCAGUCUUGAUCUGCUUUUUCUCCAAACAUUCCUUAGAUUUAUGUUCAUGAGGUGUCAGAUAUGAAUGUUUUGUCUGCCAGGUUGGGUACUAAUGGGUUAUUUGUUAAUUAUUGUUAAAGCUAGACAACUUUUAUUUGACAUUUGGUUCUGAAAUCCUGUUAGUUUUUGUGUUCUUCUCACCCCUGUGCUGUCUGUUACUUUCCAAUGAACAAAUGUUGAAUGAGCUACCAGGUAGCUGAUGGCUCUCACCGUUGGUGUCAAACUAAGAUUUAUUGGCCAUUGCAGUGUAGCAUAGAGGCCUCUGUUCACAUCUUCUGGUUCCUCUGUGAGAAGUUCCAGCUCUUCUCCUGUUGGAUGGAGAGAUCAUUGUCUACACCAGCGGUGUCCAAACUGGGGGCCUUUUUCCGCCCUUGGAAUAAAUGGGUGUGGCCCCCGACUGCAAUUCAACAAUGGUACAGAAGUGGCCCUCCAGUAAAUGGAGCUGAUGCAGAUGGACACUUUUGGUAUUUUUUUAGGAUGCGAUUUUCAAUGACGGAAAGUAUUUUUCUUUCAUUAGAUGUGUUUUCUUUUUUUUUUUUGCUUUUUUUUAAAUAUUCUAGCAAGUAGGGCCACAAACAUCUAGGAACUUUUUACUGGAAAGCAGGCUUGGGCGCACCCAUUCAUUAAACUUGUUUCAAUACAGCAAGAAGAAGAAAGAUCUUGUUUGUUGGUGGGAAUUGUCUAAAAACAUUUUCUCCACCCAAAACAUUGGAAAACACAGACUCUUUUUCCGACCUGCAAUAAUUUGUUCUUUUUUACUUUGUUUCAUCUAAAUAUUACGUGUUUCAUUUAUUGCUGAAAAGGUAAAAUGAAAAGAAUUCCCAAUAAAAUGAUUUUGUGUUUUUCAAUUGGGGAAAAAAAAGUAUUUUGGCCCCUGAAUACUUUCAACAGGUCGAUUUGAGACCCGAGUGUAAAAGGUUUUGUACACCACUGGUCUACACUGUUAAACAUAUUUUAUUUACAUUAUAAUUUAAUGUCAUUUAUUGUCUCCAGUUUUACCAGUUUAUCGAUAAUCUACAGUACCUUGGAAAAGUAUUCACACCCCUGGAACUUCUCUGCAUUUUGCCUCUGUACAACCACAGACUGCGAUGUAGUUUAUGUGUUAGUGGAAGCAAAAUGAUGCAAGGUGUUAAAAAGUUUAGUUAUGAAACUCUGGGAAGUGUCCUGAGCAUUUGUAUUCAGCCCCUGAUUUAAUACUACGUAGAGUCGCCUUUCAACUGUAGUUGCAAGAGCAGGUCGCUUCUAGAAACGGACCUUCACUCAGAUUAGUUGGAGACCAACUGUAAUCAUCAAAUUUCAAUUCUGGACACAGAUUCUUAAUUGUAUUUAGGUCUGGACUUUGACGAGGCCAUUCUAACCCAUGAACAUGCUUUGAUCUAAACCAUUCAGCUGUAGAUGUUCUGUUGGAAGGUGGACCUCCACCCCAGUCACAGGUCUUCUGCGGCCUCUAACAGGGUUUCUUCCAGGUUUGUCCUGGAUUGAGCUCCAUCCAUCUUCACAUAAACUCUGACCAGCUUCCGUGUCCCUGACAAAGAAAAUCAUCCCCCCAGCAUGAUGUUGCCACUACCAUGUUUUUCUCUGGUGCCUUCAGGGUGUUUCUGGCACACGCAGCAUUUUGCACGUAGGUCAAAGAGUUUAGUUUUGGUCUCAUCUGACCAGAGUACCUUCUUUCACAUGUUCCUUGUGUCCCCUUCAUGGCUUGUAGCAAACUGCUGAGGGGAAUUAUUUUGGGUUUCUUCUAAAACUUUAACAGUCUUGCUUGUCCACCAUAAAGAGAAGAUUUUUGGAGUGCAUGACUAAUAUUGUCCUUUUAACAGAUUUUCCCCUUUAAGGUGUGGAUCUCUGCAGCUCCUCCAGUGUUACCACGGACCUGUUGGCUGCUUCUCUGAUUAAUGCUGUCCUUGCCUGGCCUGUCAGUGCUACGACUAUAUCCUGGUAUGUCUGCAGUUGGUCCAUCAUCUCUCCAUGUUCAGAUGAUGGACUGAAGAGUGCUUUGUGAGAUGUUCAAAGCUUGGGAUAUUGUUUUAUAACCUUAACUUCUCCACAGCUUCCAACCUGUCUGCUGUGUUCCUUGGUCUUCAUGAUAAUGUUUGUUCACUAAUGUUCUCUAACAAAACCCUGAGGCAGGAAACAGAACAUCUAGACUUAUACUCAGAUUAAAUUACAUACAGCUGGACUCAGUUUAAUAAUUAUGUGACAUCUGAAGGGAAGUGAUUUUAUGUGGGGCUACCAGAAUAAAAUGGGUCUGAAUACAAAUGCAAUUAUUUAAAAAAAGUUUGUUUGUUUAACCUUUUUAAAAUAAUUUUUCUUCCAAUUCAGAAUUAGGAAAUGUUUUUUGAUGCUUCAUCUCUAAAAUAAAUAGAAGUUUGUAAUUAUAAUGCGAGAAAAUGGGGUGUGAAUACUUUGAGGUCAGGCCAUGAACCACCUGGUCCUGUUUUCUUGUAUUUCUGUAUGUGUUCUGUUUAAAGUGGUGGGAACCUUUGACCUUUCCGCCGUAUGAAGCCUCAUCAUUGCUCAGAAUGUCCACCAGAACAAACAACUUCAUGGUUCUCAUUCAGAAAUGUGACAAACCCUGGAAAACUACUCUUACUUUCUGCUGCUGUGAAGUAUUUGUAUAGCUGCUCUGCUUCGUUUUUCCAGACAUGUAAUGAAUGUACUCUGCUCUCCUUUUGUAAUCUAGAAAACACUAUAAAGGUCAUUGACCCCA